UAUGCUCGUUUACAUCUCUACGAGUACAUGCAGAAAGUUCAUCAAAUUGGCGCCCGUCUCCUGUAUUGCGACACCGAUUCCUUAAUCUAUGUUGGGAAGGUUGAUGGUCCACGUGUACCCGAAGGCGAAUCACUUGGGAAAAUGAAACGUGAAAUUCCUUCACGUCGAAUUCUGGAAUUUGUUGCUGGAGGCCCAAAGAACUAUGGCUACAGACACGUCGACACAAAUACAGGGAUGGAUGAGAGAGCAGAGCUAAAGAUCCGGUCUUUUCCUCUCUCAUAUGCUACACAUCAACUUCUGAAUUUUGACAGCAUGAAAAAUAUUGUGCUUGAACAUUUUGAUGUUGAUGGAAUAAUGUAA